UCAACCAGUUGGGAAAAAGAUUUUUUUUCUUUCUUGUACGUGCCACCAUAAUAUUAUUAUUUUACAUUUUACAUUACAUCAAGCAAAUGGCGACUGCUUGUAAAACAUGGACAGGAAUAGACUAAAACCAACGAGAAGUGUACCAUCUGAGUCAGUUGCCAGUGCGAGUGGUGAAGCUGCAGCAGCAGACAGUGCUCGUCAGGGUUCUCCAAGUAACAGUUCCAAAGGCUCCCAGAGCCAUAGCGCAGGAUCCCCUUCUAAGUCUCUUUGUUCUUCAGCGUCAACAUCAUCAGAAAACAUGCAGCCAUAUGAAACCAAAACAUUGCGUGAUGCAACUAAAAACAUCCAAAGUGAGGAGUGCCCCCUCUUGGAAGGUGAAAAUAUCAUAGGAAAAGCUGGUGAUGUGACCUACAUUUGCCCAUACAGUGGUCCCGUCAGAGGAGUCCUGACUGUCACAAAUUACAAGUUGUUUUUCAAAAGUGUUGAGAGAGAACAGCCAUUUGUUCUGGAUGUCCCACUGGGUGUUGCAAGUCAAGUUGAAAAAAUGGGAGGUGCCACAAGUCGAGGAAUAAACUCAUAUGGCAUGGAAAUUUUGUGCAAAGAUAUACGCAACUUGAGAUUUGCCCACAAGCAAGAGAAUCACUCUCGAAGACAAGUUUUUGAGAAAAUUAUGCAACAUGCAUUCCCACUUACUAACAAACUGCAAUUUUUUGCCUUUGAGUUCAAGGUUCGAUAUGGUCCAGAAGAUGGCUGGAAGACAUUUGAUCCUAUAAAAGAAUAUAAAAGGAUGGGUGUACCAAAUGAAAGUUGGAGAAUCAGUCGAGCCAAUGAAGAUUAUCAACUGUGCGACAGCUAUCCUGCCGUGCUUGCAGUCCCAAAAAAGUCGUCGGAUUCAGACUUAUUAAAAGUGGCAGAAUUUAGAAGCCGACAGAGAAUACCGGUGCUGUCGUGGAUCCAUCCAGAGAGUCAGGCCACCAUCACUCGCUCCUCUCAACCCAUGGUUGGCGUGACAGGCCGGACAAACCGGGAGGACGAGCAGUACAUCACCAAUAUCAUGGACACCAACGCUCAGUCCCACAAGCUGUUCAUCAUGGAUGCUCGUCCCUCUGUCAAUGCCGUAGCCAAUAAGGCUCGUGGCGGAGGCUAUGAGAGUGAAGAGGCCUACAGGAAUGCGGAGCUCAUCUUCUUGGACAUACACAACAUUCAUGUCAUGAGGGAAAGCUUGAGAAAGUUGAAGGAAGUGUGUUUCCCCACCAUAGAUGAUGCUCACUGGCUUUCCAAUAUUGAAUCAACCCACUGGCUGGAGCACAUCAAAAUUAUACUGGCUGGUGCUGUGCGCAUUGCAGACAAGGUGGAGAGCAACAAAACCUCUGUGCUGGUGCACUGCAGUGAUGGCUGGGAUCGUACAGCACAGCUCACAUCACUGUCAAUGGUGAUGUUGGAUCCAUACUACCGCACCAUCAAGGGAUUUGAAGUGUUGAUAGAACAAGAGUGGUGUGCUUUUGGGCACAAGUUUAAAACGAGAGUUGGUCAUGGAGAAGACAAGCACUCUGAUGCUGACAGGUCUCCAGUCUUCCUGCAAUUCAUUGACUGUGUAUGGCAAAUGACCCAGCAGUUUCCCAAUGCAUUUGAAUUCAAUGAGCAUUUUCUGAUCACUAUACUGGAUCACUUGUACAGCUGUUUGUUUGGGACAUUUCUCUUCAACUGUGAGAGAGAGAGAAGGAAAGAGCGUGUCCAAGAGGAGACAGUUUCGCUGUGGUCUUUCGUUAACUGCCAACUGGAGGAAUUCACCAACCCACUGUACGCAGCCCAUGUGCACCAACACGUAUUGUACCCAGUGGCCAGUGUGCGGCGCAUACAGGUCUGGACUGGCUACUACUGUCGCUGGAAUCCCAGGAUGAGACCACAGGAACCAAUCCACAUACGCAAUCGUGAACUACUGGUGCUGAAGACACAGCUUCAGAGGAAAUUGGAAGAACUGCAGAGAGAACUGACAGCACGCAACGCCAGAAUCAACCUUCAGCCGUCCCCACCCCGAGUUGCUAGUCCUGUUGAUGCAUGAUGCUGAUUUAUUUCCAUUUGUUUUACAUGUAUUAGGUACAAACACUAUGCUCUGCCUUCGUUGACGUUGAUUUUUUAAAACAGAUUAUCUCCUAAUUUUUUUCUUUUUUUUUCAAACUCGUGAACAAGCCUGUAGGCCUAUGAGGACGCUGAUGUUUCCUCUGGGAUUGUUCUAUUAGACAAAUGAUUCAGGGAGAUCUUGCAAAGUGAAGCAAUAGAUAUCAUAACUUGUGGUCUUUGUCAUGAGACGACUGUUUCAACUGUUUGGCAUCAAGCUGGUUGAGUCGCAAAGUGAUGAAAGUUUACACAAAGCUGAAUAUAAUGAUUGAUCGUAAUAUGCUUUAUGUCAACACAGUUUAGAUCAUUUCAAGGGCAGUCUGCUUCAAUACAAACAAGUCAUUGUACAAAAGUUGGAGAAUGUGUUCGAUAGUUGAGGAGAUAUUUGAUAAUAAGUUGCGUAACAGAUUUUUGACCACUCUAUAUAAAUGAUCUACAUUAUGCUGAUGGGGAUAUAUAACAUUUACAGUCAAUUAAUGUGUUGUACAAAAUGAUUCUUUCACCACCUCCAAGGACAUCCUUGUUUUUAAGUAGACACCACUAGAACUAGACUGUAGCAUAAACUAAAGUAAAGCUCGGUUUGAAGAGUCUCCACUAUCUCUGUGUAAGGUUACGCUGUCAGUUAAGUGGUUUGUGCUUCCAGAGUUAGCUGUCAGUAUGUUAGUGAUGUAGUGCCCUGAAGUUUGUUUAUGUUACUCAAUGCGAUAAGUGGCUUUCAACCAUCAUCUUCUGAAACUUAAACGUACAAUAGUAACCAUUUACUUUCACCUAUCAUCAGUUAUAAGUCAAAAUGGGCAAUGCUGUUAAGCCCCUACUUUAAAUUUCAUUUUGACAAGUCGGACAAGAUGCCUUCAAAAUUAUAUUAAAAGUUUCUGAACACAAGAAUUUAAGACUGUCCCAAGUAUUGAAUAUUGGACUUGGUCCGGAAUAUCUAAUCGUUUAUUUCUUUAGCUUAAGAUCAAACAGUUGCAAAAGGUUUAUGCUUAUUUGUGAUUGAGAUCACUGAUGGUUCUCUAAGGGCUUUUUCCAAAAGAGAUGGCUCUCAUCUUGCUCACACAAUUUUAUUUUUAUGAGUACCGGUACAGUAGUCUCCGCCUAAUCGCACGGUGCUCGGGAGGGCUCCUGAGCGUGUGUUUAUAUGAAGCGUGCAUUUACAUGAACCUUUGCAAAGGGAGAAAGGUACGCAGUCAUCUCAAUUCCUUAUUACUCUGGUGAUCUCCC